AACUUGCACUAUGUCGGCUCAGUGGCGCGCGCUCAAUCAUAUAAUUAACAGUGCUACAUAUUUACCAAACGAGUCAAGGUCUUCACAUCGCUUGAGAUGGCCAGUUACGUGACAUGUUACUGUGUAUUUUUGUGUCUUUUAGGAAGUACCUUUGGGCGGAUUGCUUUUACAAACUUGAACAUAUCAAUUGAAAUUACUAGAAGUGAUCAGACUGGCCAGCCCAAAUCUGUAAUUUCGAUAAAUUCUACCGAAGGAGCCCGCCUUAUACAAGAUAUUGAAAAUGAAAUAGAUUUGGAAGUGAAUUUAAAUCCAAAUCCUACUCCUCGUAAUACCGAAACCUCUUCUGAAGCCGACGUAAAGGAUAAUGGGCCUUCUACCCCUAAACUCAAUGAAGAUAACGGAACAGCUUUGAUAUUGACACCGUACAUUGAAGAAGGUCGCAUUGUUGAUGGGCGUAAGGCGGCCGAAGUGGACCCUGGAGUGUUUCUCGGAGUCAAGAGCUACUCGGGAUUUCUCACGGUCAACAAGACGUACGAUUCGAACACAUUUUUUUGGUACUUCCCUGUACCAGAUAAGCCUGUGAACGAAACGCCAUGGAUCGUGUGGCUGCAGGGAGGGCCGGGUGUGUCGAGCUUGACAGGCCUUUUUAGUGAAAUCGGACCAUUCACAAUCAAAGAUCAAAGAUAUCUGAAACGUAACCCUCAUACGUGGCUUCGGAACCACUCGUUGGUGUUCAUCGACAACCCGGUCGGGACCGGCUACAGCUUCACGCAACAUAAGGAUGGCUUUGCCAAAGAUAUGGAAACGUACUCAAAGCACCUGUACAACGCGUUGCGGCAGUUCCUGGAACUGUUCCCGGAGCAGCGAGCAGCGCCGCUCGUCAUCGCGGGCGAGUCGUACGCCGGCAAGUACGUGCCGGCGCUGGCGAUGGAGGUCCACCGGCACAAGAACUUCCCCGGAGGAGACAUCAAUCUCAGGGGUCUGAUGCUUGGCAACGCGUACAUGGAGCCCAGCAUGCUCGCGGAGAUCACCAGGCCCUACUACAACUUCGGGCUCUUGGACAAGGAGCAGAUACAGGAGGCACAGCCGCUGAUCGACGCUUUCCGCCAGGACAUAGAGGCAGGCAGAAGUAUUGCAGCGAAACAGAAGUGGAUGGCUAUAGCCUCCAUGUUAAUAGAGAUGUCAAGUCUGCCUCAUGCAUACAACUUUCUUCAAGACACGCCGCUUUUUGCUGGCGAUUAUUCGGAGUUUUUAUUGAAGUCCGUGAUAAAAAGGGCGCUUCACGUGGGAGAUAUUGAUUUCUCAUUAAUAAAUGUGACUGCGAACAUGGCUCUAGCACCGGAAUUCCUGUCGAAUACCAGACCGAUGCUCGAGACGCUUCUCAAUCACUACGACGUUAUGGCGUAUUGUGGUCAGCUGGAUCAGAUGCUGUCAUGCGCAGUGGCAGGGGAGCACUACCGCAAAUGGCGAUGGGACCGCAGGGCCGAGUUCCUUAACGCAACCCGGUAUCCACUGCGUUUCAAAGGGAAGCUGGCUGGGUAUUACAAAAGCGGCGGCCGCUUCACCGAGGUGGUGGUUCGCGGCGCGGGACACAUGGCGGCGAAGGAUGCGCCCGCGCCGAUGCAGUGGCUCGCGACGCAGUGGACGCACGCCCGGCCCCUGCCGCGCUCUAGCCGCGUGAGCGCUAUAGCUUGGCAGGAGUACGUCGACAGAGAGAGUCGUCCAUCAGUAGUCAGUGGUGUGUUUACAUUGUUGUGCAUAAUGAGGCAGGCUGUUGCAGCAGUAAUACUUUUUGGGUCUAUGACAAUUGCGUUAAUUCUACCAAAUACACCGCCCCUGAUCCUCACCCCUUACAUCCUGCAGAACCAAAGCGACUUAGCGAGGAACUUGUCAAAAGUAAAUCCAGAACUCUUUCUGAAUGUGUCGAGUUACUCCGGUUUUCUUACGGUUGACAAAAAAUACGACUCCAACCUGUUCUUCUGGUACUUCCCUGUACCUGACAAACCCCUGAACGCAACUCCAUGGAUCGUCUGGCUGCAGGGCGGGCCAGGAGUCACGAGCCUGGCCGGCCUCUUCGUAGAAAUGGGUCCGUUUAUGUACGAAAAUGAUGGAUUGAAAUUGCGCAAGUCAGCGUGGACCCAGGAGUACUCCAUGCUGUUCAUCGACAACCCGGUGGGUGCCGGCUACAGCUUCACCAACGGCUUCGAUGGCUUAGUUCAAAACAUGGACGAAUGCUCGAACCACCUGUACAGAGCCCUGCAGCAGUUCCUGUUAUUGUUCCCCGAGCUCCGUUCCGCGCCGCUGUACGUGGCGGGCGAGUCCUACGCCGGCCAUUACGUGCCUGCGCUCGCGCACAGAAUAUUACACCCGCCAGCCCUGCCUGAUCUACCACUACGGGAUACGACUAUUAACUUGCAGGGCGUAAUGAUGGGCAAUCCUAUAAUAGAUCGUAGAGACGAAGUGAACCUGACCUCGGUAUAUUACCAGUGGGGCCUCAUUGACCCUCAAGGAGUCUUGGCUGUGAAGCCGCUUCAGGAAAAGUACGCAAAGGCCAUACAAGAUGGCGAUUACAUUAAGGCUACCGAGACCCGCAAUACAUUAUUGGAUAAGAUUGAAAUUGGAACUGGCCAGAAACAGUCGUACAACGUUCUGAAGGACUACAUCGACGUGUUAAACUUCCAAGUGUUCGUGACGUCACCUCCUGUCAGGGCAGCCCUGCAUGUGGGGAACGCCAAUUUUGAUUUUCGCCACGGGUCCGCGAAUACGAUGCUUCGGCAAGAUUUUCUAGUCAGUCUCACAGCAAAAGUAGAAAAGCUACUGGAGCAUUACAGGAUAUUGAUUUAUUGCGGUCAGUUAGAUCUGACAGCGCCGUGCGUGAUGAACGCAGAAGCCCGCAGGCAGCACUGGCGCUGGAGUGGCCGCCAGGCUUUCUUGAACGCGCCGCGGACACCUUGGUCUCAUAACGGAACCGUCGCAGGAUACGUGAAAAGUGGCGGGAAUUUCACCGAAGUACUUGUACGUGGUGCCGGGCACUUGGUGCCGAUGGACAAACCUUUCGAGACCCUGGAGCUGAUCUCUUCUUUCGUCGAAGGUCGGCAGUUACCAUUAAUACCUGUUUUAAACUAUAUACAACUCGACACCCCUCCACUCGAAGAAGAUACGAUUUACAAUAAGGUUUAUAACAGUAAAGGGUUAGUCGCUAGUAUCGUUCUCAAUGUCUUCUUCGUGGUAAUUAUUGCACUUGGUGUAGUGUACGUCAUCAGGUGGCGGAGACGUCACAAUAAUUACUUAAACGCAAUGAUCGAUAACUCGAGUCUCAGCGAUGGAAUCCUCACUAUGGAAUGAGCAUAAUGAUGUGGCACGCGUGUCCAUCAAUUAGUUCAAAGUAAAGUGUUAGCGACACGAGAGGCAAAGAUAUUGAAAUGUGAAAAGGUAACAAAGUAAAUCAAGAAUAAUGAAACAUAUAAUGAAUAAUUUCCUGCGUUUGAUUUCUAAUUAUUAAUAGUUCGGUAAAAUAAUACAGUUCCGACUAAUAAUAAAUAAGACAUCGUUAUUACUUGUGUUUUUGUAUAAAUGAAGAUUUUAAACUUAUGUAAGCGUUGUGAGUUUUUAAAGAAACAUGCGCGUCAGUUAAACUAGUCAAUUUCUUAAUACAUAAUUAGGUACGUACUUUUCCUAUCAAAGCAGUAACCAAAUUGAAUCAAAUAAAGAGACCUCUACUAACCAGUUUUUGAUUGACAAGGGUGUAAGGAUUAAACGUGCCUAGCACAUAUACCA